UGUGAAAUGAUGCAGCGUCAUGGGAGCCCUGUGAACUUCUGUCAUUUGUUGAGAUGGAAAGUCGUGGCUGUGAGAGGUGUGAAUCUGUCGGACGUAAACAAGCUCCACUGUGUGUGUGUGUGUGUGGAACAUCUCCAUCCUCCCCAGCAGGUGACGCCACGUCCUCCCUGCUCCCCCACUUCCUGUCUUCUUCUUAAUACUGACCACUUCUCUUCUAUUCAUGGACUCAUGAGUGAUGACAGCAACACCAUUAGUCAGUGUGUUUCAACUGUGUAGUCAUCUGUGAGUGUCUUGAGAAACACUCCUGACUCUCCUUUUAAGCUGAACUUGAGUUGGUGUGAAGGAACAACCUGCUGGAAACGCACCUAUAUCUGCCUCGCGAGCUGCUUACCGCACCUUCAAGCAGACGCUCGGUGGUUGGUCUUGUGGAGUGCAGCACUGUGAGAAUGAUUCGCUUCUUCCUUCCUGCCGAAAUUGGUUCCCGUUCAGCUGUAGUCAGUGACACAUCACUCACACUCAGCGAGCGAGGGAGGGAGGACAGAAGAGCUGAGGAACAAGAUGAAAACUUCAGAGUGGCACUGAGGACAGGUCCAGCCAGCAGCGGCUGCGGGGAGCAGAGGGAUGUGAGGCUUUUGCGAUGCCGGCUGCAAGAUGGAGAAGCGAAGGUUCAACCUGAGCCCCCUGCUGAGUCUCUACCUGUCCAAGAAGACCAGGGUGCUGACCGGCGGCUGCAGGUCAGCGGCCAAGUUGGACGUGAGCAGCAGCACAGCGGAGGCACAGAGGAACCUGUGGACGGAUGACGAGGAGAUCAAGGAGAUCAACAUCACCCACGUGGUCAAAGAGGGCUCGGAAAAGGCCGACGCCUCGCAGUUCGAGCUGCUCAAGGUGUUGGGGCAAGGCUCCUUCGGCAAGGUGUUCCUGGUGCGGAAGGUGACCCCACCUGACGCCAACCAGCUCUACGCCAUGAAGGUGCUGAAGAAGGCCACGCUCAAAGUGAGGGACCGCAUGAGGAGCAAGAUGGAGCGGAACAUCCUGGCCGACGUUAACCACCCGUUCAUCGUCAAACUGCACUAUGCCUUUCAGACUGAAGGAAAACUCUACCUGAUCCUGGAUUUCCUGCGAGGAGGAGACCUGUUCACCAGACUCACCAAGGAAGUGAUGUUCACAGAGGAGGACGUCAAGUUCUACCUGGCCGAGUUGGCUCUGGGGCUGGACCACCUGCACAGCCUGGGCAUCAUCUACAGAGACCUCAAGCCUGAGAACAUUCUGCUGGAUGAGGAAGGACACAUCAAGCUCACAGACUUUGGUCUGUGUAAAGAAGCCAUCGGACAUGAGUCCAAAGCCUAUUCCUUCUGUGGCACUGUGGAGUACAUGGCACCAGAGGUGGUCAACCGGCAGGGCCACACCCACAGCGCCGACUGGUGGUCGUUUGGAGUACUGAUGUUUGAGAUGCUGACAGGAGCGCUGCCCUUCCACGGCAAAGACCGCAAAGAAACCAUGAACCUCAUUUUAAAGACCCGUCUGGGGAUGCCACAGUUCCUGAGCGCGGAAGCUCAGGCGCUGCUGCGAGCUCUCUUCAAGAGGAACCCGGCCAACAGACUCGGGUCUGGACCCGACGGGGUGGAAGAGAUCAAGCGCCAUGAGUUCUUCGCCACCAUCGACUGGAAUAAACUCUUCCGAAGAGAGGUGAAGCCUCCGUUCCGCCCGGCUGUGGCUCGCCCGGAUGACACCUUCUACUUCGACUCAGAGUACACGUCCCGCACUCCCAAAGACUCCCCUGGCGUGCCCCCUAGUGCCGGAGCCCACCAGCUCUUCAGAGGCUUCAGCUUCAUUGCAUCCACUCUGUUAGAAGAGGAAGGCUUGACGGAGCCGGUCCAGCCCCCGCCUCACCCGGUGGUCCAGCAACUGCACGGAAAGAACCUGCUGUUCAGCGAUGGUUACGUCCUAAAAGAGGACAUCGGCAUGGGCUCCUUCUCUGUCUGCAAGCGCUGCAUCCACAAAGCCACCAACAUGGAAUAUGCUGUCAAGAUGAUUGACAAGACCAAUGCCGACCCGUCGGAGGAGAUCGAGAUCCUCCUGCGAUACGGCCAGCACCCCAACAUCAUCACUCUUAAAGACGUCUACGACACUGGGAAGCAGGUGUACCUGGUCACGGAGCUGAUGCGCGGAGGAGAGCUGCUGGACCGAAUCCUCAAACAGAAGUCCUUCUCCGAGCGCGAGGCCAGCGCCGUCCUGCACACCAUCACCAAGACGGUGGAGUACCUGCACUCUCAGGGGGUGGUGCACAGGGACCUGAAGCCGAGCAACAUCCUCUAUGUGGAUGAGUCUGGAAACCCCGAGUCCAUCAGGAUCUGUGACUUUGGCUUUGCUAAGCAGCUGCGUGCUAACAACGGCCUGCUGAUGACGCCGUGCUACACGGCUAACUUUGUAGCUCCGGAGGUGUUGAAGCGGCAGGGCUACGACGAAGGCUGCGACAUCUGGAGUUUGGGGGUGCUGCUGUACACCAUGCUGGCAGGAUUCGCACCCUUCGCUAACGGGCCGGAGGACACUCCCAACGAGAUCCUGAACCGGAUAGGCAACGGUCACUUCAGCCUGAGCGGAGGGAACUGGGACACGGUGUCGGACGCUGCCAAGAGCCUUGUUUCCAAGAUGCUCCAUGUGGACCCGCACCAGCGGCUGACGGCGAGGGAGGUUCUGAAACAUCCCUGGAUCGUCCACCGAGAGAAACUGCCCAACAGCCAGCUGCCCCACCAGGACGCCAAACUGGUCAAGGGCGCCAUGGCAGCCACCUACUCGGCGCUGAAGAACUCUCAGCCCACCCCGGAGCUGAAGCCCAUCGAGAGCUCCUUCUUAGCUCAGCGGCGAGUCAAGAAGCUUCCGUCCACCUCCCUGUAGAGACUGCAGAAAAAAAAAACCCGCUCCACUCGCAGAAGAGCGCCCCCCUCCACCCAGUCCGCUUGCUUGGAGAUAAAAAACCAACCAGCCAAGGAACUCCGGUCCUCCUCUCGUGGCCUCAGUCGUCCUGCUCUCGCUCUCAUCCUUGUUCUGGCAGCAGCUUUUUCGGACAAAAAAGGAGGACAAAAAAAAGGGAUUUUUCUUUGGCAGAUGUGUUAGUACCGUGUGUCUGUGUGUGCGUGUGAACCUGUUCAUGCAUGACCUGCCGCAGCGCUGGUGUUGGACUCAAGACGACAAAACGUUUCUCCUGCUGCUGCACGCCUUCUCCGUCUGCUUGUUCUGUUGCUACAGUUGGUUAGCUUUAUAUUACCGGUUGUGCUGCCAAAAAUCAGUGUGUGCCGACGGCCCGCAACCCUCCGCACUGUUGUUUCAGUGUUAUUUUGGAAGCUUAUUGUUAUUAUAAAUACGGAAGGUUUUCGCUCCGAGAACGUUUGUGUGCAUGACUUGAAGUGUGCGAGUGUGUGGGAUGCCGCAGGGUCAUGUGCAUGGUCCUCCGCCGCUCACCUCGCUCCUGUUGCUUUGCCUCCAGCUCUGUGUGAGACGUCAUGUAGAAUCGGUGGCUUUCUGUGAAAGAAACUCGACUAAGAAACAGUGUGGCAUGUCGCCAUUUGUUUUCUCCUGUUUUUCCUUCACGUUUUCUCGACGGCUUCCUCGUCUUGGCUGCUUUGGUUGUUCAUUGUUUUCCCCUUUUCCGUCUCAAGAAAGUGUUGAUUUUAGAGCGGUAAAUGACACGUCGCGGUCGCAACAGCAGCACAGGUCUUCUGCUCCGCCGCUGGCUGCUGCGCUCCUUUCCUCCUAUAUUCGAUCAUUUUCUAUUCCCAAACACAUGUGAGUAGCUUCCUGUUGUCGGUCCUGUCUCCAGCUCAGUGCCUGGGACUCGCAGCUGAGGCUGAAUGUCUCACAUGGAAACCAAGACUGUGCGCAGCAGUGGAGGAGACCUGUGCUGCUCAGUCAUCUAUGAACCAGCUGUCUUACCUCAGAAAAGGGAUCAAAGUUAUAUUUCAAUUAUUGUUUGGUGAUUAAAAAACAAAAAAAAGAGAGAAAACUGUCCCUCGUUUUGACGAAGAAUGAUGGUAACUGUAUGAUAAAGAUGAAGAUUUUUCUAUCUUUCAACUAUUAA